AUGAAGGAGGAAAUCGACUCCCAACGGCGCGACCCGCCUCAAAUUUCACCUGAGUCAGACCAUGAUCAGUACCCUGAAGGGGGGCUAAAGGCAUGGUCUGUGGUUCUUGGGGCUUGGUGUGCCAUGAUUCCCUCUAUGGGACUUUUAAACAGCCUAGGUACUCUGCAACCCUGGACAAGCACCCACCAACUCAAGGAUUACUCGGAAUCAAGUAUCGGUUGGAUUUAUGGAACCUAUACCUUUUUCCUUUUUUUGGGAGGUGCCCGAUUUGGUGCAAUCCUUGAUUCUCACGGGCCUCUAUACGUGGUGCUCCCGGGUUCUAUUGGGAUUAUACUUUCAUUGAUUUUCUUGAGCUUCAGUAAUGAAUAUUAUCAGAUAUUUCUGUCAUUCAGUGUUCUGGGUGGGAUAUCAGCUAGCACACUUUUCACACCUCCAUUGGCGGCUGUUGGCCACUGGUUUAAUGUUCGACGUGGCUGGGCAACCGGAGUGGCGUGCACAGCAGGGGGGGUUGGGGGUUGCAUAUUUCCCUUGAUAAUCCUUUUUGCAGCCCCUCUCAUCGGCUUCGAGUGGGCAAUUCGCAUAAUCGCUCUAGUAUGUGCAGUGACAUGCUCAAUCGCAUGUCUCACCGUUCGAAGUAGACUUCCUCCCAAGAAAGCAGUCACGCCCGUCGAUUUUAAGGCUCUCAAGGAUAUCAAAUACGCAUCUGCGACGCUGAGUGUCUUUUUUGUUGAAUUUGCGGUUUUUGUUCCAAUCACCUACAUCACUUCCUACGCACUUCAUGCCGGCUUCGAUGAACAGUUGUCAUAUGCAGUUCUUGUCUUUCUUAAUCUCGGCGCUGUGUUCGGACGCUUCCUACCAGGACUGGUGGCUGAUCGGUUAGGUCGAUUUAACGUCAUGAUCAUGAGUUGCUUUAUGUGUUCCCUACUCACUCUCGUCCUUUGGCUUUCGGGGGAUCUAAUAGACCCCGACAAAUUAGGGAUUGUCAUUAGCUAUGCGGUGCUGUUCGGCUUCUGGAGUGGUUCGGCUAUUAGUAUUGCACCAGUUUGCAUUUCUCAGGUCUGUGAAAUCCAAGACUAUGGGAAAAGAGUUGGAACUACAUGGACUAUAGUCAGCUUUGGUACCCUCAUCGCUAUCCCUAUUGCAGGCGCUAUUCAGCAACACAAUAAUGGGGAGUACUAUGGGCUGAUUAUCUUUGGGGGUGUUCUCUAUAUUUUGUCCACAAUUGCGUUCUUUAUAUCUCGUGGCAUUUGCAAAGGAUGGGGUUGGGGGAUAAAAUUCUAG